GACUGAGGAGAACCCUAGCCUGGGCUUGGAGGGGGCAUGGUCCUACAGAGGUGGAAGAGUAUAUAAGAACAGCUGAUCCCUUUGGAACUUACAGUUGAUCUAAAUCCUACAUUUCCUACACAUGUAAAGCUACAGAUCUAGUUGAACUAAAAUAAAUAAUGACUUCCGAAGUCUCCACCGGUACAACUGACAAUCAGCAACUGACCACAUGUGAUGUCAUUGCCACAGCCUUUGACCUGCGGACACUGCUGGUUCACCACGAUCGUUCACUCCAACAGAUCAACCUUAUAGACAGCUACAUGACUAGACUGACCAAUCAGGCACUCAUCUACCUCAAACAGGGAAGAAAAGGUCAUGCCCUGAGGAUCCUCACCCAUAAGGCCAUAGCUGUGGGAGUCAAGCACCUGUAUCGCCUCUACCGUCUACGCAAAUGGUACCAAGUGCAGCAUGUUGUGAUGAGUAUCAUCCGUACACUUCAGAAUGAGGCUCUACCUAUUCCAACCCAACCAGACUACUCCAACCUUAUGGACUUGGAAACAGAACAGACAAAGAGCAUCUCACAGACACUCACUGUUGCCCAUUGCAACCAUUACAGGGAAGACUGAGUGUUUCCAUAGCAACUAGUUCAGGAUGACUUAGUGUUUCCAUAGUGAUGACAUUAGUGUUAAAAUCAAACUGUUUCAGUGAUGACAAAUGUUUCCAGCGAGACCACUGCAUGACCUGUAUUUUUCCUCAUUGUUUUAUAUGGUGUAAUAAGGUGUGAUUGAGAACUCUUUCUUACUAAUUAAGACUAAGUACCAGAUCAGCAUCAAGUCACUUAUUACUGCCCACUGGUCAGCUGGUCAAUGUUAAAGGUGAUUGACCAAUGUUUACUGUAUGUAUCUUGUAGUGCUGCAUAUUGUUUGGGUUCCAUAAUGUACCUAACUAUUAUAUAGCUAUUAUCACUUGUGACUAAUGUAGUGCUUAUUUAUUAACUGAAAUAAAAUCUGUAUAUACCA